AUGUCGGUGUUCCGUGUUCUGCUGCUGAUAACCCUGGUGGGGAAGCCAGCCGUCGGGCUCUCACUGAUGUCCUUCAUUGCACCCCCAGACCCAGAUUGGACCCCGGAUGACUAUUACUACAGCUACGAGCACUCAAGCCCAGACGAGGACCCCAGUGUCACGCAGACCUCCCCCGAGAACCCAGACUGGUACUACGAAGAUGAUGAUCCAUGCCAGUCCAACCCCUGUGAACACGGCGGGGACUGUAUCAUCAGAGGAGAUGCCUUCAGUUGCAACUGCCCAGCCCCCUUCUCGGGGAGCCGGUGUCAGACUGCACAAAACAAGUGCAAGGACAACCCAUGUGUCCACGGCGAUUGCCUCAUUACCCAGAAGUCUCCCUACUACCGCUGUGCCUGCAAAUACCCUUACACUGGACCAGACUGCUCCAAAGUGCUUCCAGCGUGCAGACCAAAUCCCUGCCAGAAUGGUGGUGUCUGUUCCCGACACAGACGGAGGUCCAGGUUUAGCUGUGCCUGUCCAGACCAGUAUAAGGGGAGAUUCUGCGAAAUAGGUCCGGACGACUGUUACACUGGUGACGGCUAUUCUUACAGAGGCAAAGUGAGUAAGACAGUGAGCCAGAACCCAUGCCUUUACUGGAACUCCCACCUCCUCUUGCAGGAGAAUUACAACAUGUUUAUGGAGGAUGCAGAGACCCACGGGAUCGCAGAUCACAACUUCUGCAGAAACCCAGAUGGAGACCACAAACCUUGGUGUUACGUCAAAGUGAACAGUGAGAAGGUGAAAUGGGAGUACUGUGAUGUCACAGUCUGUCCAGUGCCUGACACUCCAGUGGAAAGCCUUCUGGAGCCUGUGAUAGAGCUGCCAGGGUUCGAUUCCUGCGGGAAGACGGAGAUGGCUGAACGCACAGUCAAACGUAUCUACGGGGGCUUUAAGAGCACAGCAGGCAAGCACCCGUGGCAGGUGUCCCUGCAGACCUCACUGACGCUGACCACCUCCAUGCCCCAAGGCCACUUCUGUGGGGGUGCCCUGAUCCACCCCUGCUGGGUGCUCACUGCAGCCCACUGUACCGACAUAAACACCAAGCAUCUAAAAGUUGUACUAGGAGACCAGGACCUGAAGAAGACAGAAUCCCAUGAACAGACCUUCAGGGUGGAAAAGAUACUGAAGUACAGUCAGUAUAAUGAAAGAGAUGAGAUUCCCCACAAUGACAUUGCUUUGCUCAAGUUAAAGCCAGUGGGUGGUCACUGUGCUCUGGAAUCCAAAUAUGUGAAGACCGUCUGUUUGCCCAGUGACCCCUUUCCCUCUGGAACUGAGUGCCACAUCUCUGGUUGGGGUGUAACAGAAACAGGGGAAGGGUCCCGCCAGCUCCUGGAUGCCAAAGUCAAGCUGAUUGCUAACCCUUUGUGCAACUCGCGACAACUCUACGACCACACAAUCGACGACAGUAUGAUUUGUGCAGGGAACCUUCAGAAGCCUGGACCGGACACCUGCCAGGGUGACUCGGGAGGCCCUCUAACCUGUGAGAAGGAUGGAACUUACUAUGUCUACGGGAUUGUAAGCUGGGGCCAGGAAUGUGGGAAGAAGCCAGGAGUCUACACUCAAGUUACCAAGUUCCUGAAUUGGAUAAAGACCACCAUGCACCAGGAGGCUGGCCUCUGA